AUGGCAGUUGCAGGGCCAUUGCUUGACAACGUCGUUGAUGUCGAGGAGGAUUAUGAAGCUCCAAUGGGCAGAAGGCCCGAGGAUGAGGAGGAGAAGAGGGAGGAAAAGGUUCAUAUGCCUCAGCAAACCGGUACAACAAGUACCGCUUUGUCGACACAUCAGCGUCGGGAGAAUGAGUCGGAAGAAGAAGAUACUCUUACAGACGAUAAAAGGUUCGUCGAUGAAACCGAUGAUGUUAAAGGAAGUGCCACUUCAUUGACGGAGAUACAAGAGAAGAUUGCGCCAAAUGAGGAAGAAAAUAAUGAGAAAAAUCAAUCAAUAGUCAAUAUUGACGAAGAAGAAGAAAUCUAUAGCAAAAGAGAUCAAAGCAAUGGUGGUGGGAAUGAGCUUGAACAAUCCUACAAUGCAAAACCUAAUGCAUCCACAAAUGGUUUUGUCAUCGGAAAAUCAGAAUUAGCGACGAGAAAAACAGCGACUAAAGCAGUCCGCCGCGGUCGUCCUCGAGCGAUCAAGACCGCUAAUACUGCCUCGACAUUUAGUCGAUUUACUGAAUUUUACUACUACUCAGGGUUCGGACCGUUUCGGGGCAAGAAGAGAGGUGAAGUAGGAGGUGAAACAAGCAAGGCUGUGACAAAUUGUACUCAAAAUAAGUCUUCUUGUUCAGAAAUUGAUUGUGUAAAAGUGGUCUAUGAACUUGAUGCUGAUGAUGAGAAUGGUAAACUUCGUAAAGUAGAAGUUAUAGAUGCAGAGAAAAAGGGCAAGACAAAGAAAAAGAGAUUUGGAAAUGCCAAAUCCUUGCCAUCUCUGUAA